AUUUCCCUCGUUCUUCCGUCAGUUUUGCAAUCUUUUAUUUCCAUCUUCCUUCUCCCUAUAUUUCACUUCUUUACUCUCUUCCUCCUUCAUCUCUCUCGUUCUCGCCCUGUGGAUCGUCCGCCGGUCUGAAUUCUCUUGACCGGUUCAACUCCGGUUGAGCUCCCCCCAACCCCAUUCUAGAUCAACAUUUCGCCAACAAUCAUGAAUCCCGAGUAUGACUAUUUGUUCAAACUCUUGCUUAUUGGAGACUCUGGAGUUGGGAAAUCAUGUCUUCUGUUGAGAUUUGCUGAUGACUCAUACCUGGAUAGUUACAUUAGUACCAUUGGAGUUGAUUUUAAAAUACGCACUGUGGAACAGGAUGGAAAGACCAUUAAACUUCAAAUCUGGGAUACUGCAGGACAGGAGCGUUUUAGGACCAUCACUAGUAGCUACUACCGUGGGGCACAUGGCAUAAUUAUUGUUUAUGAUGUCACAGACCAGGAAAGUUUUGAAAAUGUCAAGCAAUGGUUAAACGAAAUUGACCGUUAUGCAAGUGAAAACGUAAACAAGCUUCUAGUUGGCAAUAAGUGUGACCUCCCAAAUAGAGCAGUGUCCUACGAAUCAGCAAAGGCUUUUGCUGAUGAGGUCGGGAUCCCAUUUAUGGAGACAAGUGCAAAAGAUGCUACCAAUGUAGAGCAGGCAUUUAUGGCCAUGACUGCUGACAUUAAAAAUAGGAUGGCAAGUCAGCCUGCAAACAAUGCGAGGCCACCGACGGUGCAGCUACAGGGACAACCCGUUAACCAGAAGGGUGGAUGCUGCUCCUCUUAGUUGGUUCUUUCUUAUAUUCUGUAUGCAUUAUGCGCAAAUAUCAAAGUUGCAUUUGAAUCUCUUUCUCUAUAAAGUAUAUCUGAUAUCCCAUUCAUUUCAAGUAGACCUUGAACUAUUACUCUACACCUUUCUGUAUUACUGAAGCAGUAGUGUUCCUUUUUUCUUUUUCUUUUCCAAUACUUGUUUUGAGUUUAUGUGUAGCGAACUUUCAAAAAGUAUAGUUCAAAGUCAUCUCUCAGGUUAUUUGCCUCA